AUGACAAUGAAUAACAGAAUUAUUGAAAUAUUAGUGACACUUUUCUUCCUACGUAUUGCCAGUGCAGCAGUUUUAGGUUCUCUAGAUGAUGAUGCACAGCAAUCUGAGAAACAACCAGAACAAGCAACAGCCUCACAACAACCAGAACAGGCAGCAUAUUCGCAACAAGAGACUACUGGCUCCUACGUUGCUGCUGCAGUUGAAACCGCUACUACAUCGGCAACGACCAGUAAUACUAAUCACGUGACUUCCCAAGCAAGUGUAUGGGCAGAGACCUCAGCCAGCAAUACAGUUUCAGUAGACAAUACGCUGGCCACGUCAACUAGAAACUACGAUGAACCAAUAACUAUACUCACCACCACAAAUUCCGCAGGUGAAACGUAUACAUCUAAGAUUUGGUGGCUCCCCUCGUCUUCCCUUACUGAGACUGGUUCGACGACAGCUACUCUGUCACAAUCGGCAAGCAGCGCUUCGUCAACACAGACAACUGCUUACGUAAAUAGCACUAACGGAGGUGCUUUCAAUAUGAACAGGGACAUGAAUCAGUUUGGUUCAUCAAGCAACUUGGUUUACCUGGGUGCAGCUAUUGCAUUGAUAAUAUGA